AUGUCUGCUACGACAGACGAUGCCAAAGUGGCUCAAAGCAGCUCAUCCCUUCCAAUGAAGACGGAAAGCAUCUGGCUCAGACUGUAUCAUGACCCUUGGUUUCAAAUCGUCCUCAUCUCUUUCAUCUCAUUCUGCAACCCGGGUAUGUACAAUGCCCUAACCGGAAUGGGCGGCUCAGGCCAAGUCAAUAGUACCGUUGCAGCGAAUUCAAACGUCGCAACCCACGCUUGCACCGCGGGCGCUGCUCUGAUCUUCGUUGGCGCCUUCUACAAAUAUCUCGGUCCAAGAUGGUCUCUAUUACUCGGCGGAUGGACUUACGCCUUAUAUGCAGGCUCAUUAUUGAAUUUCAACCGAACGGCAAACGGGCCAUUUGUCAUUGCUGCCGGAGCAGUUUUGGGUCUUGGUGCUGCGUUCUUCUGGGUUGCGCAGGGCACCAUCAUGGUGACUUAUACCAAUGACAGCACUAGAGGUAGAGCUAUUGCUCUGUUCUGGGUAAUCUUCAACUUGGGCGGUGCGAUUGGGUCGCUCGCUAGUUUCGGACUCAAUUACAACUCCAAGUCGGGUACUGUGACUGACUCAACGUAUAUUGCCUAUAUUGUUGUCAUGUUGUUUGGCUGGGGUUUAUCUCUGUUUGUGUCACCGGCCGAAUCAUUAUCUCGCAAGUACAGCGGCACUCGCAUCCCCGAAGAAUCCAGGCGCCUCAAGUGGGUGAAUUUGAAGGCUACAGUUGUGCAGACUCUCAAGAUCGUUUUCGAUUGGAAGAUUAUGUGUCUCUAUCCUAUGUUUUUCAACGCCAAUGUUUUUUACUCCUAUCAGCAGAAUGAUGUCAACGGCAUGACCUUCAACCUGCGCACACGCUCCUUGAAUAGCGCACUGUACUGGAUUGCACAAAUGUUUGGUGGGCUCUUGAUGGGCUAUAUCCUGGAUAUUAAGCGCAUCAACCGCCGUACCAGAGCUCAAAUUGGCUGGGCAAUCCUUUUCGUUACUGGUAUGGUCAUCUGGGGAGGAGGGUACAAAUUCCAAAUUUGGGCCGAUAAUCGCCAGCUCCGUCAACAUCUGAAGCAGGAUAUCGACUUCAAGGAGAGAAGCAUAUUUUUAGGCCCUAUGUUCUUGUACUUCUUUUAUGGUGUUUACGACGCAUUUUGGCAGGGUUAUUGCUACUGGAUAAUUGGCGCACAGUCGCAUGAUCCGGUUGUCAAUGCAGUUAUUGUUGGGACUUAUUCGGCUUUGAAGCCUGCUGGAGGAGCUAUGGCUUGGAGAGUGAACGCCAAUGGUGUUAGUGCUAUGGUACAGUUUGCGAUGAACUGGGGACUGUCUAUUGGUAGUUUGGUGGUGGCUGUCCCAACUAUCGUCUCCUUGAGUAAGUCUAGUUAUAGCCCAGAAGAGCUUCAGCAGGACACGAAGAAAGUGGAUGAGAUUCAAGUUUAG